AUGCCGGUAGGGAUGGGCGAUAUUGUAUCGAUAUUUGUAAAUAUCGAUAUUAAUGAAUUAAAAUAUCGAUAUAAAACAUCGAUAAUUCAAGUACCGAUAUUUUGGUAUAUCGAUACGAGAUUUGCUUAUAUCGGUUUUCGAUACGCCUUUUAUUACAAAGACAAAUUUUUUAUUUUAUAUACAUGGCGCAUGCGCCUCGAGCGUCGGCAUUAUAGUGACAAAAUGGUGGAUGUGGCCCUAAGGCCAUCUAGUGCCUACAGUUAACAUUAACGAUUAAUAUUACUGCGUUUAUUUUUAUAACCUCCUUUGGACAAAGACAAAGAGCCGGUUGUUUCAACACUUCUAACUUUUGGUAUUGGUUGGUUUGGUGUGAAGUGAAGUCCUAAUUUUCGUCAGAAUAUAUCCUUACUUUACAUUUCUUCUAUCUCUUUUAACUAUAAAAAAUGCCGCCAAAGAGUACUUUUUGGAAACACUUUAUAAAAAGUUUGGGAGGCGCAAAAUGCAAUGUGUGCCAACAAUUUAUAAAAACCAGCGGAAACACAACCAAUUUGCGAUUUCAUUUAAAACGAAAGCAUCCGGACCUUUGUAAUAUCAAAAUGACAAGCGCUUCUGAUGAGUCACAAAAACGGAAAGAAAUAUCAAGUGAAGGUGAAGAUAUUGCAUUGUAUGAAGAAGACAACGAUGAAGAAUUAACGUUGUCUCCGUCAACAAGUUCAUCAUCUACAUUUAGAAAUACACUAAAAUACAAGAGAAAACAACCGAAACUUAUAGACGCCUUUUCAAAACAAAAGUCAUUCCAAGAUGGAGGAUCUAAAGCAUCGGAAAUCACAAAUAAACUCGUAUUUAUGAUAGCAAAGGACAAUAUGCCUUUGUCUACAGUGGAGAAAGAAGGCUUUCAGAUUUUUAUAAAAUGUGUGAGUCCCUUAUACACCAUUCCAAGUAGAAAAGUGAUAACGUCUCUAAUUGAAGAAAAAUAUGUUUAUUUAUCAAAUUUGAUAAAAGAGCAAUUAUCUAAUGUAGAGGACAUAGCGCUUACGACAGACAUUUGGACUGAUGUAAAUACAAAAAGUUACCUCGGAGUAACCGCACACUAUCACAUAAAUAAUAAUAAAAAAACUGUUAUGAUAGGAGUCACUAAAUUAAAUGAUAGGCACACAUCUGAUAAUAUAAAAGAGUGGUUGCUCGAUAUAGUUGAGAAAUGGAGUAUUUCAUUGCAACGUAUAGUUGUUGUUGUUUCUGAUAAUGCGUCCAACAUAAAAAAAGCUAUAAUAGAAGGUUUUGGUGAAGAAAAAUAUUUAGCUUGUUAUGCGCAUACAUUGAAUUUGGUUCUUGCUAAAAUUAUAGAAGAAGAUGAAAUUGUAAGUUCAUUAUGUAAAAAAGUCAAAUCUAUUGUAACUUUCUUUAAAAAAGUGUAGUUCUUUCAGAUUUAUUGCGAGAACAUUCCAAUCUAACAUUAAUUCAAAGCGUUGACACGCGGUGGAAUUCCACGUUUGAUAUGCUUCAUCGAUUCAUCCAAUUAUCCGACAAAAUUGGAUUGAUUCUUUUACAACAUCCUACAGCUCCACCAAUGUUAUCGGCAUUAGAAUUGCAAACUAUAAAAGAAUUUAUGCAAUUGUUGGAACCAUUUAAAACAGCAACAACUAUAUUUUCUGGUGAAAUGUAUGUUACUGGCAGUCAAGUUAUACCGAUAAUACACACAUUAGCAAAUCAGUUAGAAUCAUGCAAACCUAUUAGUGAAGUAGGGUGUUAUAUAAAAAAAGUUUUGAUACAAGAAUUUAAAGCACGAUUUAAAAAUAUUGAACAUAAAUCUCUCAUUGCGAUUGCUACUAUUCUAGACCCUAGAUUCAAAAAAAUUCAUUUUGUAGAUAGAAUUGCAUGCUGUCAUGCAAUAAAUAAAAUAACAGAUAUGUUAAAUAUUGCUACUAAAAAUAAUGCACACAAAGAGAAGGAAAAUAAUUUUCAUUCUGAUUCUGUAUAUCAAAACAAUUCUUUUUGGGCUUAUCAUGAAACAUUAAUAAAAGAAACGAAACGAUAUGUUUCUUCUAAUACAAACAA